AUGUCAGGCACUCGCUAUCGUCCCCGUUUGGCGGAUGGGGAGCUCGCUCCACUGCCAUGGCCUGUGGCCCUGUAUCGGAAGCUCAAUCAUAUCUCGUGGCCCCUGGAGGUGGGCGUGGCUGGCUGGACAAAGCAUUUGGAGAGUUUCGUGCUCAUCGUUGGAUUUCUGAUCUUUUGCGAGCAUAACGAAGUGGACUUUCAUUACCUGAUUGUGAAUCGGAACGAUAUCGACAACUUUCUGACGGGCAUGCCCACCUAUCUGAUUCUGGUGGAGAUGCAGAUACGCUGCUUCCAACUGGCCUGGCACAAAAAUCGCUUCAGGAGUCUACUGCAACGUUUCUACAAGGAUAUCUACGUCCAGAAAGACUCGGAGCCGCAACUCUUUGCCCACAUCCAACGUCAGAUGCUGGCAACGAGACUUAACUCGAUUGUCUACCUGCUGGCCCUAUUUAACUUUCUGCUGGUUCCCUUUCAGAAUAUCAUUUACCAUCGCCGCGAGAUGCUCUACAAGCAGGUCUAUCCAUUUGACAACACCCAGCUCCGUUACCUUAUCCCCUUGAUCGGGCUCAACUUCUGGGUGGGCGUCAUCGUCACCAGCAUGCUCUUUGGAGAACUUAACGUCCUCGGCGAGAUGAUGAUGCACCUGAAUGCCCGUUACGUUCAGCUGGGGCAGGAUCUGCGGCGUAGUGCCCGGCGGUUGUUGGGGGAGGCCAACCAACUGGAGAUGGCUGCCAGUUAUCGCAGGGAAUUGACCCGCAUACUACGUCGGAAUGGUGCCCUUCAUGAAUUUGGCGAAGAGGUCGAACAGGAGUUCAGCUUCCGCAUCUUUGUGAUGUUCGCCUUCAGUGCAGGCCUCCUGUGUGCCCUGAGCUUUAAGGCCUACACGAAUCCACUAGGUAAUGUGGUCUACAUUGUGUGGUUCUUGGCCAAGUUCAUGGAACUGCUGUCCCUUGGCACGCUUGGCUCUAUACUCUACAAGACGACGGAUGAUCUGGCCCUGAUGUACUACACGGCGAACUGGGAGCAGGUGGUCCAUCAAUCGAACAAUCGUCAGGAGAAUCUCAGGCUCAUGAAGCUGGUCACCCUGGCCAUCCAACUGAACUCGAGACCGUUCUUCAUAACUGGUCUAAAGUACUUUCGUGUUAGUCUGGCGGCCGUACUCAAGAUCAUUCAAGGUGCUUUCUCCUACUUUACCUUUCUGAAUUCGAUGCGCUGA